AUGUCUCUACCGAAAAUCCAAAUAGAAGGGGCAGUGGACAGUACAGAUGCCGGUUCUGGAGGUGCUGCUCCUCCUGAUGACCACCUGAGGAGCCUCAAGGCAUUGACGGAGAAGCUGAGACUGGAGACCAGGCGUCCGUCCUACUUGGAGUGGAAGGCGAAGCUGGAAGAACAGGCAUGGAAGAGCCCCCAGCCAGCUGGAGAGGAGGAGGAGGAGGCGAACGAGGCCAAAAAGGCCACAGGGGAGACCGUCCCCUUGAGGAAGGUGCAGCUGCACGUCAAUGGGAGCCCUGCCCAGGACAAGGUGACUCUGACCUCAGGGAGAAUAGGUGGCUUUGAGAGCAUCGACGAAGCUUUGACGUGGCUCAGGAAGGAACUGGCAGAAAUGCGCCUGCAGGACCAGCAGCUAGCCAGGCAGCUCAUGCGCCUUCGCAGCGACAUCAACAAGCUGAAGAUUGAGCAGACCUGCCACCUGCACCAGCGCAUGCUGAACGAUGCCACGUACGAGCUGGAGGAAAGGGAUGAGCUCUCCGACCUCUUCUGCGACUUCCCCCUCGUCAGCUCCUUCAGCCUCUCCACACCGCUCAAGCUCAUCGGGGUCACCAAGAUGAACAUCAACUCUCGACGGUUCUCGUUGUGCUGAAAGGGUGGGAAGAAGAGGGAAGGACGGGAGAG